ACUAAAGCCAACCAGCGAGGACAUGGGGACUGCCAGCCUGAUCAUCCUGAUUUGUUAUUUGCUGGUGUUUCCAAUUCAGAUCUUGGCUUGGGAUGGCACGGAAAUAUUCCACAGACACUAUUAUGUGAGAGUGACUUUCUACGAUCCUGACUACGCAGAGGCUGACAAUAUUAUACAAGUGCUAAAAGACUCAAUCUUCUUCAUUUAUGGAGACGGCGCCUUCUCUACAAAUACAAGUCUUUUGCAGACAUGGCCAAGCAAAGUUAUAAUAUUUGAUGUAGCCAGCAAUGUGGACUCUGUGUGUCCCAAUGACAUCUAUGCACAAUCAUUCCCACAUUACUUAGCGUUGACGACAAAGGAAAAUUACAAGAAAGAUUGGCUCUUCAAAGUUUUCAAUACUUUUGAAAAUGCUCAACAAGAUAAGGACGCUUACAAGCUGAAUGUGUGUUCCUUGGGUAAUUAUUGGAUGGAUCAACUUAUAAUAGAUGCUAUUGUACAAAAAUGUGUGAAUUCAUACUUUCUACCGUCUUUUCAAGAGUACUGUCAAGAAGGCUACCAGGCGACCAAUGCAAGCUGUGAGCCCUGUGAGCAAGGGAAGACAACUCUUUUAACAGACAUAAACAUUCUCCAAAUUUGUGUUGACGACUGCAGUCCUGGCUACUUCUAUAGUCUUCAAACUCUAAGUUGUCAACAAUGUCCACGUGGAACAUAUUGGAGUUCUUUUGACAAAUUGUGUCAUCUGUGUCCAGACACUACAUCCAUCAACUACAACCCAUCACUAUGUCCGAACAACACAGAGGUGAUCACAAAUAGUUUGGUGAACAUUGAAGUUGACGUCUCUAUCAAGACCACGUACUGCCUUCAGGCUGGAGGAUACCCGACAGCAGCAGAAGCAGAAAAGGAAACAAAAUCUUACUGGGAUCAACUGAUGGGAUGGUUCCGUGUAUCUCGAGAAAUCUGCCCCUGGGCUCACUGUUAUCAAAAACAUGUGUUCGCAAUCUCAAAUGAAACCUGUACGCCAGACCCCAGCUGUACAAAUGGAGCACCUUGUAAUCUUUUUCGAAUACGGUACCGAAUAGGUCUUUAUCAUGUGAGACUUUAUGAGAAUGCAUCGAAUGGGCACAUAAUGGUCAACACUUUAGACUAUUUAUUACAGUUUUUUACUGCUAUCGCUACUUUGUAUCCCCAGUGGGAAUAUGAACAAAACAUAUUGGAGCUUCCAUUUCAUCCAACUGUAUCAUUUGUUGAUGACGUCAAUAAAAGAAUAGUGUAUGCUUCAAUCUACACCAAUCAUUUGUAUCCGAUAGAUACGUACAAUUAUGCAAUAGCCAAGAACAUGCCAGAAUUCAUACCAGUUCUAGAAAUGCCAACUGCAAUGAACACAUCGAUGUGGUUCAAGAAAGAUGUCAAUGAUGAUUUGCUUUACCGCUUCCUGGAAACGGAACUCAACAUAGACCUGGAUAGUAACAUUCCAUAUAGCAUGUUUUAUAUAAUACUUUACAGAAAUAUACAACAUACACAAGUUCUGAACAUAGAUGUAUGUGCCGUGGCCAAUCAGUUGAGGCGUUCUUCAAGAAUAUGUACAACAGGAAAUGUUUGUAUUCAACAAAUCAAUGGGACAUUUUCGUGUUAUGAUGAUACUGAAUGUGGUAACUGGAACUGGGGAACUAACUGUUCGACUCCGUGCGACUGCUACAGAAAUGGCACUCAACGGUGUGGGAAAACGUACGGUACCUGUAUCUGCAAACCUGGAUUUCAUACAACUGUGAACUGUGACAAGGACAUCGAUGAAUGCCAAGCAUGCUGGGUGGGAACAAGAUGCGUUAACUUUGAAGGCGGUUAUGAAUGUGUUCCCUGCGACUGGAGAUACGGAAUUGAUUGCUCACACAAGUGUCUUUGUAACCAGACCAACACUGAGCAAUGUAACGGAGAUGGCUCGUGCAGGUGUAAGACAAACUUCAGGGGGACUUACUGUGACGAGAUUAUCGAUUUCUGCUACCAGCAAUGCCAAGGUGAUCACGAGUUCUGCAUGGCGAAAGAAUCCGGCUUCGAGUGUGGCUGCUAUACUGGCUACAUCUUUAACUCCAGCGCUGAGCCCAGAUAUUGUCAAGCCUGUCCAAAUUGGACAUGGAACACUGACUGUACAAGUCCAUGUGAAUGCAAUAUAAAUACUACACUGGAAUGUAACACUGUGACUGGGACAUGCCUAUGUCAACCUGGGUUUCAAGAUACGCAGUGCGACAUGGACAUAGAUGAAUGUGCUGUACCCCACGCCUGUGCUGAUAACUCAGAAUGUGUCAAUACAUACGGCAGCUAUAAAUGUUUAAGCCCUGAAGUAUAUAUGAAAGUAUCUAUUCUGCAAACCAUUCCCGAGGAAAACAUUCAACUACUACUUGAUGGCCUUAAAGGGAGAGUACAAGAAGUUAGCGAUUACUAUUCUUACAGUUCUAUUGACAACACAUUGAAACUGACAUUUUCCUUACAUAGAGCCAAAUAUGACAUGACUGGAACAGAUGUCAUUGUAAUAAUCAGCCUCGCCCAAUCAGGUGUAAUAAAAAGUGAUAUGUUGGUGAUGGAUUUCUUGGACAGUUUUCAAGCUUCAAAGAGAGUGACGUCGAAUGAAGUAGCGUUUGAAAUUGAGUCCAUUAGAGUGUAUAAGAGCUUGACUGAUGCUGAUCUUGAUGUAUAUCCGAUAAUUUACAAAAUGUGCCAAAAUUAUGGAAAAUGCUCUUCGAUUACCAAAUGUUUAAACACAGAGUUUCUACCCAUAUGCCAAGAAAUAUGUGAUUAUGGCAUGUAUGCUGAUAAGAAGGAUUGUCAAAUAUGUAGUGAUGGGAAAACCACUUUAGUCAGAGGAGCUGAUUCACAAUAUUAUUGCAUUGAAAGAUGUAAUCCUGGAUAUAAUUUUGCUCUUGACAAACUAACCUGCGAACUGUGCCCACAAGAAAUGUACUGGAGUGAUGCAGAUAAUGCAUGUCAUGUCUGUCCAUACAUUUCAUUUAACUCAACCUCUUGUUCAAAUGGAGAAUGGAGGACAGUCAAUAACCCAUUUAUCAACAUUGAAAUGAAUGUUACCAUUGUGACUCCGAAGUGCCUGAAAGAUGAUCCUCAAUAUUUCAACAGUGUUGAUGAAAGAGAACUUGUUCGUCUUAUGAUCACACAAAGCAACCGUUACUCUAAUCGCUUUUGCUCACCCUAUUAUGGCUGCGAAAACAUACUUACCAACUAUGUUGGAAAUGCUGUUUGCAUUCCAGAUCCUAGCUGCACUGUAAAUACAACAUGCAAGUUGUUCCACACAAUUAUUCAAAUUGGCAUCUAUCACACCAGGAUUUAUACAUCAUCUGUUAGUUCCAGUAAUAAUCAUGAUCAAAGCACGGUAGACUUGCUUUUGAGAAGUCUUCACGAUAGUACUCAACUAAUUCAAUGGCUACCACUUAUGAACUACCCAGCCAUCAGAUUGGAACAGCCUUUCAAAAUAAGUGUUACAACCAUAGAGGAUGUUACUAAACAUAUUUUAUAUAUUUCACACACGGCCUGGAAUACAAAUAACCCCUAUGGAGUACUUCAGGUUUUAAACUCAAUGUUUCAAAAUAUACCAGAGUUUAUUAAGGCCUUCUUAUACAGUAAUAACAACAAUUAUUACUCCUACCCCUACAACUAUCUAUACCAUUCUGAAUAUGAAAUCUGGCUUCGGAAAGAUGUUGAUGACAAACUACUCAGAAAAAUUGCAGAAACAAUGGUUUUAUCUCAUGAAAAGCUUCAAGGAAACCUAACUGGACCAUUGUAUUUGUACAAGACACAACAAGAUAGAGCUGAUGAAACUAUGGCUGUAAAUUGGAGUGAAAUAAUCAACAGUCUUUCUGUUGCCCAAUACUUCUGCAAUGGAGGAAAUUUCAUCAUCUCUAACAGCAACUCAUUGAAUUUUGACUGUGUCGAAACAUGUGGAAAUUGGAUGUGGGGAGAAAACUGCACAGCAGUAUGCAACUGUGCACAUAACAAUACAGUAGUUUGUGAAAAAUAUCAAGGAGCUUGUAUUUGUGCAUCCAAUUUUGAAGGUUCAGACUGUGAAAAACUCUUGGAUCGCUGUUCAAGAUAUUCUCCUUGUGACCAGUACUCUGACUGCAUCAACAGGUUGGGUGAUUAUGAGUGCAAAUGUCAUGAUGGCUACAAAAGAAAUCCAAACAAUCCCAAUAUUUGUGAAGCAUGCAGUAGCUGGACAUUUGGCUCUGACUGUAACUCUUCAUGUAGUUGUCACACUGAUAAUACAGAGAGCUGUGAUGGCUUGACUGGAAACUGUACAUGUAAAUCUGGAUUUGAAUCAACAUUGUGUGAUGUUGACAUGAAUGAAUGUCUACAAAAUGUUAGCCCUUGUGCUGAAAACUUGCAGUGUUACAAUACAUAUGGAAGCUAUCUGUGUUUUGAAAAAUUAGUCUACACAAAAUUGACCUUAGCUCAAACUAACCUAGGGAUCUACACAGAUCAAGUCAUUAACACCUUUCAACAAAUAUUGCAGUCUUGGAUGGAUCAAUAUUACUGGGGAAGCAUAAAAGUUAUUGUUGCAUCCUAUGACAUUAGGCACAGCUCAAGCAGUACAGAUAUUUUCUAUAAACUCAUUACUCUAUAUGGAAGUCAAUUCCUAGACUCUUAUUUGACACAGAUAAUUUACAAUCAGUUAAUAACUCAAUCAAAACAGUUUUCAGUCAAUGGGACUGACUAUGAGAUUUCAUCAUUUAAAGUGUAUGAGACGGCUGAAGGAGCAACGUUUGACAUGAAUCCUAAAGUAUACAAAAUGUGUCAGUCUUUUGGGAUCUGUCCAUCAAACAGCACUUGUUUGAAUUCAGAAUUUCUUCCAAUCUGUCAAGAUAUCUGUGACUAUGGUUUGUAUGCUGAAAAAGAACAUUGUGUGGCCUGUGAGAUAGGAAAAACUACUUUAAUUCAGGGAGCAAAUUCACAACGUUACUGCAUUGAAAAUUGCAAGCCUGGUUACUACCUGUCUCUUGACAAAUUGACCUGUGAACCUUGUCCACAAAACAUGUACUGGAGUGAUGCAGAUAAUACUUGUCACCUCUGUCCAUUCACUUCUUACAACUCAACCUCUUGUCUGGAUGGAGAAUGGAGGACGGUCAAUAACCCAUUUAUCAACAUUGAAAUGAAUGUUACCAUUGUGACUCCGAAGUGCCUGAAAGAUGAUCCUCAAUAUUUCAACAGUGUUGAUGAAAGAGAACUUGUUCGUCUUAUGAUCACACAAAGCAACCGUUACUCUAAUCGCUUUUGCUCACCCUAUUAUGGCUGCGAAAACAUACUUACCAACUAUGUUGGAAAUGCUGUUUGCAUUCCAGAUCCUAGCUGCACUGUAAAUACAACAUGCAAGUUGUUCCACACAAUUAUUCAAAUUGGCAUCUAUCACACCAGGAUUUAUACAUCAUCUGUUAGUUCCAGUAAUAAUCAUGAUCAAAGCACGGUAGACUUGCUUUUGAGAAGUCUUCACGAUAGUACUCAACUAAUUCAAUGGCUACCACUUAUGAACUACCCAGCCAUCAGAUUGGAACAGCCUUUCAAAAUAAGUGUUACAACCAUAGAGGAUGUUACUAAACAUAUUUUAUAUAUUUCACACACGGCCUGGAAUACAAAUAACCCCUAUGGAGUACUUCAGGUUUUAAACUCAAUGUUUCAAAAUAUACCAGAGUUUAUUAAGGCCUUCUUAUACAGUAAUAACAACAAUUAUUACUCCUACCCCUACAACUAUCUAUACCAUUCUGAAUAUGAAAUCUGGCUUCGGAAAGAUGUUGAUGACAAACUACUCAGAAAAAUUGCAGAAACAAUGGUUUUAUCUCAUGAAAAGCUUCAAGGAAACCUAACUGGACCAUUGUAUUUGUACAAGACACAACAAGAUAGAGCUGAUGAAACUAUGGCUGUAAAUUGGAGUGAAAUAAUCAACAGUCUUUCUGUUGCCCAAUACUUCUGCAAUGGAGGAAAUUUCAUCAUCUCUAACAGCAACUCAUUGAAUUUUGACUGUGUCGAAACAUGUGGAAAUUGGAUGUGGGGAGAAAACUGCACAGCAGUAUGCAACUGUGCACAUAACAAUACAGUAGUUUGUGAAAAAUAUCAAGGAGCUUGUAUUUGUGCAUCCAAUUUUGAAGGUUCAGACUGUGAAAAACUCUUGGAUCGCUGUUCAAGAUAUUCUCCUUGUGACCAGUACUCUGACUGCAUCAACAGGUUGGGUGAUUAUGAGUGCAAAUGUCAUGAUGGCUACAAAAGAAAUCCAAACAAUCCCAAUAUUUGUGAAGCAUGCAGUAGCUGGACAUUUGGCUCUGACUGUAACUCUUCAUGUAGUUGUCACACUGAUAAUACAGAGAGCUGUGAUGGCUUGACUGGAAACUGUACAUGUAAAUCUGGAUUUGAAUCAACAUUGUGUGAUGUUGACAUGAAUGAAUGUCUACAAAAUGUUAGCCCUUGUGCUGAAAACUUGCAGUGUUACAAUACAUAUGGAAGCUAUCUGUGUUUUGAAAAAUUAGUCUACACAAAAUUGACCUUAGCUCAAACUAACCUAGGGAUCUACACAGAUCAAGUCAUUAACACCUUUCAACAAAUAUUGCAGUCUUGGAUGGAUCAAUAUUACUGGGGAAGCAUAAAAGUUAUUGUUGCAUCCUAUGACAUUAGGCACAGCUCAAGCAGUACAGAUAUUUUCUAUAAACUCAUUACUCUAUAUGGAAGUCAAUUCCUAGACUCUUAUUUGACACAGAUAAUUUACAAUCAGUUAAUAACUCAAUCAAAACAGUUUUCAGUCAAUGGGACUGACUAUGAGAUUUCAUCAUUUAAAGUGUAUGAGACGGCUGAAGGAGCAACGUUUGACAUGAAUCCUAAAGUAUACAAAAUGUGUCAGUCUUUUGGGAUCUGUCCAUCAAACAGCACUUGUUUGAAUUCAGAAUUUCUUCCAAUCUGUCAAGAUAUCUGUGACUAUGGUUUGUAUGCUGAAAAAGAACAUUGUGUGGCCUGUGAGAUAGGAAAAACUACUUUAAUUCAGGGAGCAAAUUCACAACGUUACUGCAUUGAAAAUUGCAAGCCUGGUUACUACCUGUCUCUUGACAAAUUGACCUGUGAACCUUGUCCACAAAACAUGUACUGGAGUGAUGCAGAUAAUACUUGUCACCUCUGUCCAUUCACUUCUUACAACUCAACCUCUUGUCUGGAUGGAGAAUGGAGGACGGUCAAUAACCCAUUUAUCAACAUUGAAAUGAAUGUUACCAUUGUGACUCCGAAGUGCCUGAAAGAUGAUCCUCAAUAUUUCAACAGUGUUGAUGAAAGAGAACUUGUUCGUCUUAUGAUCACACAAAGCAACCGUUACUCUAAUCGCUUUUGCUCACCCUAUUAUGGCUGCGAAAACAUACUUACCAACUAUGUUGGAAAUGCUGUUUGCAUUCCAGAUCCUAGCUGCACUGUAAAUACAACAUGCAAGUUGUUCCACACAAUUAUUCAAAUUGGCAUCUAUCACACCAGGAUUUAUACAUCAUCUGUUAGUUCCAGUAAUAAUCAUGAUCAAAGCACGGUAGACUUGCUUUUGAGAAGUCUUCACGAUAGUACUCAACUAAUUCAAUGGCUACCACUUAUGAACUACCCAGCCAUCAGAUUGGAACAGCCUUUCAAAAUAAGUGUUACAACCAUAGAGGAUGUUACUAAACAUAUUUUAUAUAUUUCACACACGGCCUGGAAUACAAAUAACCCCUAUGGAGUACUUCAGGUUUUAAACUCAAUGUUUCAAAAUAUACCAGAGUUUAUUAAGGCCUUCUUAUACAGUAAUAACAACAAUUAUUACUCCUACCCCUACAACUAUCUAUACCAUUCUGAAUAUGAAAUCUGGCUUCGGAAAGAUGUUGAUGACAAACUACUCAGAAAAAUUGCAGAAACAAUGGUUUUAUCUCAUGAAAAGCUUCAAGGAAACCUAACUGGACCAUUGUAUUUGUACAAGACACAACAAGAUAGAGCUGAUGAAACUAUGGCUGUAAAUUGGAGUGAAAUAAUCAACAGUCUUUCUGUUGCCCAAUACUUCUGCAAUGGAGGAAAUUUCAUCAUCUCUAACAGCAACUCAUUGAAUUUUGACUGUGUCGAAACAUGUGGAAAUUGGAUGUGGGGAGAAAACUGCACAGCAGUAUGCAACUGUGCACAUAACAAUACAGUAGUUUGUGAAAAAUAUCAAGGAGCUUGUAUUUGUGCAUCCAAUUUUGAAGGUUCAGACUGUGAAAAACUCUUGGAUCGCUGUUCAAGAUAUUCUCCUUGUGACCAGUACUCUGACUGCAUCAACAGGUUGGGUGAUUAUGAGUGCAAAUGUCAUGAUGGCUACAAAAGAAAUCCAAACAAUCCCAAUAUUUGUGAAGCAUGCAGUAGCUGGACAUUUGGCUCUGACUGUAACUCUUCAUGUAGUUGUCACACUGAUAAUACAGAGAGCUGUGAUGGCUUGACUGGAAACUGUACAUGUAAAUCUGGAUUUGAAUCAACAUUGUGUGAUGUUGACAUGAAUGAAUGUCUACAAAAUGUUAGCCCUUGUGCUGAAAACUUGCAGUGUUACAAUACAUAUGGAAGCUAUCUGUGUUUUGAAAAAUUAGUCUACACAAAAUUGACCUUAGCUCAAACUAACCUAGGGAUCUACACAGAUCAAGUCAUUAACACCUUUCAACAAAUAUUGCAGUCUUGGAUGGAUCAAUAUUACUGGGGAAGCAUAAAAGUUAUUGUUGCAUCCUAUGACAUUAGGCACAGCUCAAGCAGUACAGAUAUUUUCUAUAAACUCAUUACUCUAUAUGGAAGUCAAUUCCUAGACUCUUAUUUGACACAGAUAAUUUACAAUCAGUUAAUAACUCAAUCAAAACAGUUUUCAGUCAAUGGGACUGACUAUGAGAUUUCAUCAUUUAAAGUGUAUGAGACGGCUGAAGGAGCAACGUUUGACAUGAAUCCUAAAGUAUACAAAAUGUGUCAGUCUUUUGGGAUCUGUCCAUCAAACAGCACUUGUUUGAAUUCAGAAUUUCUUCCAAUCUGUCAAGAUAUCUGUGACUAUGGUUUGUAUGCUGAAAAAGAACAUUGUGUGGCCUGUGAGAUAGGAAAAACUACUUUAAUUCAGGGAGCAAAUUCACAACGUUACUGCAUUGAAAAUUGCAAGCCUGGUUACUACCUGUCUCUUGAUAAAUUGACCUGUGAACCUUGUCCACAAAACAUGUACUGGAGUGAUGCAGAUAAUACUUGUCACCUCUGUCCAUUCACUUCUUACAACUCAACCUCUUGUCUGGAUGGAGAAUGGAGGACGGUCAAUAACCCAUUUAUCAACAUUGAAAUGAAUGUUACCAUUGUGACUCCGAAGUGCCUGAAAGAUGAUCCUCAAUAUUUCAACAGUGUUGAUGAAAGAGAACUUGUUCGUCUUAUGAUCACACAAAGCAACCGUUACUCUAAUCGCUUUUGCUCACCCUAUUAUGGCUGCGAAAACAUACUUACCAACUAUGUUGGAAAUGCUGUUUGCAUUCCAGAUCCUAGCUGCACUGUAAAUACAACAUGCAAGUUGUUCCACACAAUUAUUCAAAUUGGCAUCUAUCACACCAGGAUUUAUACAUCAUCUGUUAGUUCCAGUAAUAAUCAUGAUCAAAGCACGGUAGACUUGCUUUUGAGAAGUCUUCACGAUAGUACUCAACUAAUUCAAUGGCUACCACUUAUGAACUACCCAGCCAUCAGAUUGGAACAGCCUUUCAAAAUAAGUGUUACAACCAUAGAGGAUGUUACUAAACAUAUUUUAUAUAUUUCACACACGGCCUGGAAUACAAAUAACCCCUAUGGAGUACUUCAGGUUUUAAACUCAAUGUUUCAAAAUAUACCAGAGUUUAUUAAGGCCUUCUUAUACAGUAAUAACAACAAUUAUUACUCCUACCCCUACAACUAUCUAUACCAUUCUGAAUAUGAAAUCUGGCUUCGGAAAGAUGUUGAUGACAAACUACUCAGAAAAAUUGCAGAAACAAUGGUUUUAUCUCAUGAAAAGCUUCAAGGAAACCUAACUGGACCAUUGUAUUUGUACAAGACACAACAAGAUAGAGCUGAUGAAACUAUGGCUGUAAAUUGGAGUGAAAUAAUCAACAGUCUUUCUGUUGCCCAAUACUUCUGCAAUGGAGGAAAUUUCAUCAUCUCUAACAGCAACUCAUUGAAUUUUGACUGUGUCGAAACAUGUGGAAAUUGGAUGUGGGGAGAAAACUGCACAGCAGUAUGCAACUGUGCACAUAACAAUACAGUAGUUUGUGAAAAAUAUCAAGGAGCUUGUAUUUGUGCAUCCAAUUUUGAAGGUUCAGACUGUGAAAAACUCUUGGAUCGCUGUUCAAGAUAUUCUCCUUGUGACCAGUACUCUGACUGCAUCAACAGGUUGGGUGAUUAUGAGUGCAAAUGUCAUGAUGGCUACAAAAGAAAUCCAAACAAUCCCAAUAUUUGUGAAGCAUGCAGUAGCUGGACAUUUGGCUCUGACUGUAACUCUUCAUGUAGUUGUCACACUGAUAAUACAGAGAGCUGUGAUGGCUUGACUGGAAACUGUACAUGUAAAUCUGGAUUUGAAUCAACAUUGUGUGAUGUUGACAUGAAUGAAUGUCUACAAAAUGUUAGCCCUUGUGCUGAAAACUUGCAGUGUUACAAUACAUAUGGAAGCUAUCUGUGUUUUGAAAAAUUAGUCUACACAAAAUUGACCUUAGCUCAAACUAACCUAGGGAUCUACACAGAUCAAGUCAUUAACACCUUUCAACAAAUAUUGCAGUCUUGGAUGGAUCAAUAUUACUGGGGAAGCAUAAAAGUUAUUGUUGCAUCCUAUGACAUUAGGCACAGCUCAAGCAGUACAGAUAUUUUCUAUAAACUCAUUACUCUAUAUGGAAGUCAAUUCCUAGACUCUUAUUUGACACAGAUAAUUUACAAUCAGUUAAUAACUCAAUCAAAACAGUUUUCAGUCAAUGGGACUGACUAUGAGAUUUCAUCAUUUAAAGUGUAUGAGACGGCUGAAGGAGCAACGUUUGACAUGAAUCCUAAAGUAUACAAAAUGUGUCAGUCUUUUGGGAUCUGUCCAUCAAACAGCACUUGUUUGAAUUCAGAAUUUCUUCCAAUCUGUCAAGAUAUCUGUGACUAUGGUUUGUAUGCUGAAAAAGAACAUUGUGUGGCCUGUGAGAUAGGAAAAACUACUUUAAUUCAGGGAGCAAAUUCACAACGUUACUGCAUUGAAAAUUGCAAGCCUGGUUACUACCUGUCUCUUGACAAAUUGACCUGUGAACCUUGUCCACAAAACAUGUACUGGAGUGAUGCAGAUAAUACUUGUCACCUCUGUCCAUUCACUUCUUACAACUCAACCUCUUGUCUGGAUGGAGAAUGGAGGACGGUCAAUAACCCAUUUAUCAACAUUGAAAUGAAUGUUACCAUUGUGACUCCGAAGUGCCUGAAAGAUGAUCCUCAAUAUUUCAACAGUGUUGAUGAAAGAGAACUUGUUCGUCUUAUGAUCACACAAAACAACCGUUACUCUAAUCGCUUUUGCUCACCCUAUUAUGGCUGCGAAAACAUACUUACCAACUAUGUUGGAAAUGCUGUUUGCAUUCCAGAUCCUAGCUGCACUGUAAAUACAACAUGCAAGUUGUUCCACACAAUUAUUCAAAUUGGCAUCUAUCACACCAGGAUUUAUACAUCAUCUGUUAGUUCCAGUAAUAAUCAUGAUCAAAGCACGGUAGACUUGCUUUUGAGAAGUCUUCACGAUAGUACUCAACUAAUUCAAUGGCUACCACUUAUGAACUAUCCAGCCAUCAGAUUGGAACAGCCUUUCAAAAUAAGUGUUACAACCAUAGAGGAUGUUACUAAACAUAUUUUAUAUAUUUCACACACGGCCUGGAAUACAAAUAACCCCUAUGGAGUACUUCAGGUUUUAAACUCAAUGUUUCAAAAUAUACCAGAGUUUAUUAAGGCCUUCUUAUACAGUAAUAACAACAAUUAUUACUCCUACCCCUACAACUAUCUAUACCAUUCUGAAUAUGAAAUCUGGCUUCGGAAAGAUGUUGAUGACAAAUUACUCAGAAAAAUUGCAGAAACAAUGGUUUUAUCUCAUGAAAAGCUUCAAGGAAACCUAACUGGACCAUUGUAUUUGUACAAGACACAACAAGAUAGAGCUGAUGAAACUAUGGCUGUAAAUUGGAGUGAAAUAAUCAACAGUCUUUCUGUUGCCCAAUACUUCUGCAAUGGAGGAAAUUUCAUCAUCUCUAACAGCAACUCAUUGAAUUUUGACUGUGUCGAAACAUGUGGAAAUUGGAUGUGGGGAGAAAACUGCACAGCAGUAUGCAACUGUGCACAUAACAAUACAGUAGUUUGUGAAAAAUAUCAAGGAGCUUGUAUUUGUGCAUCCAAUUUUGAAGGUUCAGACUGUGAAAAACUCUUGGAUCGCUGUUCAAGAUAUUCUCCUUGUGACCAGUACUCUGACUGCAUCAACAGGUUGGGUGAUUAUGAGUGCAAAUGUCAUGAUGGCUACAAAAGAAAUCCAAACAAUCCCAAUAUUUGUGAAGCAUGCAGUAGCUGGACAUUUGGCUCUGACUGUAACUCUUCAUGUAGUUGUCACACUGAUAAUACAGAGAGCUGUGAUGGCUUGACUGGAAACUGUACAUGUAAAUCUGGAUUUGAAUCAACAUUGUGUGAUGUUGACAUGAAUGAAUGUCUACAAAAUGUUAGCCCUUGUGCUGAAAACUUGCAGUGUUACAAUACAUAUGGAAGCUAUCUGUGUUUUGAAAAAUUAGUCUACACAAAAUUGACCUUAGCUCAAACUAACCUAGGGAUCUACACAGAUCAAGUCAUUAACACCUUUCAACAAAUAUUGCAGUCUUGGAUGGAUCAAUAUUACUGGGGAAGCAUAAAAGUUAUUGUUGCAUCCUAUGACAUUAGGCACAGCUCAAGCAGUACAGAUAUUUUCUAUAAACUCAUUACUCUAUAUGGAAGUCAAUUCCUAGACUCUUAUUUGACACAGAUAAUUUACAAUCAGUUAAUAACUCAAUCAAAACAGUUUUCAGUCAAUGGGACUGACUAUGAGAUUUCAUCAUUUAAAGUGUAUGAGACGGCUGAAGGAGCAACGUUUGACAUGAAUCCUAAAGUAUACAAAAUGUGUCAGUCUUUUGGGAUCUGUCCAUCAAACAGCACUUGUUUGAAUUCAGAAUUUCUUCCAAUCUGUCAAGAUAUCUGUGACUAUGGUUUGUAUGCUGAAAAAGAACAUUGUGUGGCCUGUGAGAUAGGAAAAACUACUUUAAUUCAGGGAGCAAAUUCACAACGUUACUGCAUUGAAAAUUGCAAGCCUGGUUACUACCUGUCUCUUGACAAAUUGACCUGUGAACCUUGUCCACAAAACAUGUACUGGAGUGAUGCAGAUAAUACUUGUCACCUCUGUCCAUUCACUUCUUACAACUCAACCUCUUGUCUGGAUGGAGAAUGGAGGACGGUCAAUAACCCAUUUAUCAACAUUGAAAUGAAUGUUACCAUUGUGACUCCGAAGUGCCUGAAAGAUGAUCCUCAAUAUUUCAACAGUGUUGAUGAAAGAGAACUUGUUCGUCUUAUGAUCACACAAAACAACCGUUACUCUAAUCGCUUUUGCUCACCCUAUUAUGGCUGCGAAAACAUACUUACCAACUAUGUUGGAAAUGCUGUUUGCAUUCCAGAUCCUAGCUGCACUGUAAAUACAACAUGCAAGUUGUUCCACACAAUUAUUCAAAUUGGCAUCUAUCACACCAGGAUUUAUACAUCAUCUGUUAGUUCCAGUAAUAAUCAUGAUCAAAGCACGGUAGACUUGCUUUUGAGAAGUCUUCACGAUAGUACUCAACUAAUUCAAUGGCUACCACUUAUGAACUAUCCAGCCAUCAGAUUGGAACAGCCUUUCAAAAUAAGUGUUACAACCAUAGAGGAUGUUACUAAACAUAUUUUAUAUAUUUCACACACGGCCUGGAAUACAAAUAACCCCUAUGGAGUACUUCAGGUUUUAAACUCAAUGUUUCAAAAUAUACCAGAGUUUAUUAAGGCCUUCUUAUACAGUAAUAACAACAAUUAUUACUCCUACCCCUACAACUAUCUAUACCAUUCUGAAUAUGAAAUCUGGCUUCGGAAAGAUGUUGAUGACAAAUUACUCAGAAAAAUUGCAGAAACAAUGGUUUUAUCUCAUGAAAAGCUUCAAGGAAACCUAACUGGACCAUUGUAUUUGUACAAGACACAACAAGAUAGAGCUGAUGAAACUAUGGCUGUAAAUUGGAGUGAAAUAAUCAACAGUCUUUCUGUUGCCCAAUACUUCUGCAAUGGAGGAAAUUUCAUCAUCUCUAACAGCAACUCAUUGAAUUUUGACUGUGUCGAAACAUGUGGAAAUUGGAUGUGGGGAGAAAACUGCACAGCAGUAUGCAACUGUGCACAUAACAAUACAGUAGUUUGUGAAAAAUAUCAAGGAGCUUGUAUUUGUGCAUCCAAUUUUGAAGGUUCAGACUGUGAAAAACUCUUGGAUCGCUGUUCAAGAUAUUCUCCUUGUGACCAGUACUCUGACUGCAUCAACAGGUUGGGUGAUUAUGAGUGCAAAUGUCAUGAUGGCUACAAAAGAAAUCCAAACAAUCCCAAUAUUUGUGAAGCAUGCAGUAGCUGGACAUUUGGCUCUGACUGUAACUCCUCAUGUAGUUGUCACACUGACAAUACAGAGAGCUGUGAUGACUUGAUUGGAAACUGUACAUGUAAAUCUGGAUUUGAAUCAACAUUGUGUGAUGUUGACAUCAAUGAAUGUCUACAAAAAGUUAGCCCUUGUGCUGAAAACUUGCAGUGUUACAAUACAUAUGGAAGCUAUCUAUGUGUUGAAAACUUUGUCUACUCAAAAUUAACCUUAGCCCAAGCCAACUUAGGGAAUGACACAGAUAAUGUGGUGUAUACUUUCCAGCAAAUGUUGCAGUCUUGGUUGGACCAAUAUUCCUGGGCUGGAAUCAAAAUUAUAGUUUCCUUCUAUGACAUAAAGCAUGGAUUAACCAGCACAGAUCUAUCCUAUAAUCUUAUCACUGUUUAUGGAAGUCAGUCGUUAGACUAUUACUUGAUGCAAAUCAUUUACAGUCAUUUCAUUGCACAAUCAAGACAACUGACAGUUAAUGGUACAGACUAUGAGAUAUUAGCAUUUAAAGUCUAUGAGACUUUUGAAGAAGCAAGACUUAACAUCAAUCCCAAAGUAUAUCAAAUGUGUCAGUCUAAUGGAAUAUGUCCAUCUAACAGCACUUGUUUAAACUCAGAGUUUCUGCCAAUCUGUCAAGUCAUUUGUGAUUAUGGCAUGUAUGCUGAAAAAGAACAUUGUGUGGCCUGUCCAUCUGGAAAAUCUACUUUAGUCCAAGGAGCUGAUUCGCAGCAUUACUGCAUUGAAAACUGCCAACCUGGUUACCACCUGACUUUUGAUAAACUGACCUGUGAGCCUUGUCCACAAGACAUGUACUGGAGUGAUGCAGAUAAAACAUGUCAUGUCUGUCCAUACACUUCAUACAACUCAACUUCUUGUCUUGAGGGAGAAGUGAGGGCUGUCAACAAUACACUUAUAAAUAUUGAGUUGAAUUUAACCAUUGUUACACCCAAAUGCCUGAAUAAAGACCCACAGUAUUUUAACAAUGUGAAUGAAAAAGAAUUGGUGCGACUCAUGAUCUCACAAAAUUAUUAUUCAAGAUUCUGUGUAUCAUACACUGGCUGUGGCAAUGUAAUUACCAACUAUGCUGGCACUGAAAUUUGUGUUCCAGACACUUCAUGCACUUUAAAUGGGACAUGUACACAAUACUACAGCCAAAUUCAACUUGGCGUUUAUCAUAUUGGAACCUAUGUACCAUCUUCAAGUCAGACCAAUAGCCAUGAUCAAAGUUCAGUAGAGGCACUAAUGGUGGCAUUAUAUGAUACUUCAAAAUUAUAUCAAUGGAUUCCAAUAAUGAACUACCAACCCAUUAGACUGGUGCAACCUUUUGAAAUCAAAAUAACUUCUAUAGAUGAUGUCAGCCAACAAGUGUUGUACGUAACAAAUAUCUGGUCAAGACAAAAUUACUGGACAGAUCAACUGCAGGUUUACAACACUAUAUUCCAAAAUAUACCAGAGUUUAUCAGCACCUAUUUACUUAGUAGCUACAGUCCAUCCUAUGACACAACCAUCUCUUAUUAUGAAAUUUGGCUCCGAAAAAAUGUGGAUGACCUUCUGAUUGAACGCAUGGCUAAAACUAUGGUAUUGUCCCAUGAAAAAUUAGGAGGCAAUCUAACAGGACCACUACUUUUAUACAAGACACAGCAAGAUAGAGCAGAUGGAAAGAUGGCCACCACUUGGAAAGAUGUAAUCAACAGUCUUUCAGUUGGCCAGUAUUUUUGUAGUGGAGGAAACUUUAUCCUUACUGAUAGAGGCAAUGGAUAUUUUGACUGUAUUGAAGCAUGUGGAAAGUGGACAUGGGGAGAAAACUGCACAGAGCAAUGCAACUGCACCAAAGGCAACACUGUGGUGUGUGAAAGAGAAAAAGGCUCAUGUAUCUGUACAUCCAACUUUGAGGGAUCAUCCUGUGAACAUCUCAUUGAUCGUUGUGCAUUGUAUUCUCCUUGUGAUGAACACUCUGAUUGCAUCAACCUUCUUACACAUUAUGAGUGUAGAUGCCAUGAAGGCUACAAGCAUAAUCCCUACAACACAAAUAUUUGUGAAGCAUGCAGUGGCUGGACAUUUGGCUCUGACUGUAACUCCUCAUGUAGUUGUCACACUGACAAUACAGAGAGCUGUGAUGGCUUGAUUGGAAACUGUACAUGUAAAUCUGGAUUUGAAUCAACAUUGUGUGAUGUUGACAUGAAUGAAUGUCUACAAAAAGUUAGCCCUUGUGCUGAAAACUUGCAGUGUUACAAUACAUAUGGAAGCUAUCUGUGUGUUGAAAACUUUGUCUACUCAAAAUUAACCUUAGCCCAAGCCAACUUAGGGAAUGACACAGAUAAUGUGGUGUAUACUUUCCAGCAAAUGUUGCAGUCUUGGUUGGACCAAUAUUCCUGGGCUGGAAUCAAAAUUAUAGUUUCCUUCUAUGACAUAAAGCAUGGAUUAACCAGCACAGAUCUAUCCUAUAAUCUUAUCACUGUUUAUGGAAGUCAGUCGUUAGACUAUUACUUGAUGCAAAUCAUUUACAGUCAUUUCAUUGCACAAUCAAGACAACUGACAGUUAAUGGUACAGACUAUGAGAUAUUAGCAUUUAAAGUCUAUGAGACUUUUGAAGAAGCAAGACUUAACAUCAAUCCCAAAGUAUAUCAAAUGUGUCAGUCUAAUGGAAUAUGUCCAUCUAACAGCACUUGUUUAAACUCAGAGUUUCUGCCAAUCUGUCAAGUCAUUUGUGAUUAUGGCAUGUAUGCUGAAAAAGAACAUUGUGUGGCCUGUCCAUCUGGAAAAUCUACUUUAGUCCAAGGAGCUGAUUCGCAGCAUUACUGCAUUGAAAACUGCCAACCUGGUUACCACCUGACUUUUGAUAAACUGACCUGUGAGCCUUGUCCACAAGACAUGUACUGGAGUGAUGCAGAUAAAACAUGUCAUGUCUGUCCAUACACUUCAUACAACUCAACUUCUUGUCUUGAGGGAGAAGUGAGGGCUGUCAACAAUACACUUAUAAAUAUUGAGUUGAAUUUAACCAUUGUUACACCCAAAUGCCUGAAUAAAGACCCACAGUAUUUUAACAAUGUGAAUGAAAAAGAAUUGGUGCGACUCAUGAUCUCACAAAAUUAUUAUUCAAGAUUCUGUGUAUCAUACACUGGCUGUGGCAAUGUAAUUACCAACUAUGCUGGCACUGAAAUUUGUGUUCCAGACACUUCAUGCACUUUAAAUGGGACAUGUACACAAUACUACAGCCAAAUUCAACUUGGCGUUUAUCAUAUUGGAACCUAUGUACCAUCUUCAAGUCAGACCAAUAGCCAUGAUCAAAGUUCAGUAGAGGCACUAAUGGUGGCAUUAUAUGAUACUUCAAAAUUAUAUCAAUGGAUUCCAAUAAUGAACUACCAACCCAUUAGACUGGUGCAACCUUUUGAAAUCAAAAUAACUUCUAUAGAUGAUGUCAGCCAACAAGUGUUGUACGUAACAAAUAUCUGGUCAAGACAAAAUUACUGGACAGAUCAACUGCAGGUUUACAACACUAUAUUCCAAAAUAUACCAGAGUUUAUCAGCACCUAUUUACUUAGUAGCUACAGUCCAUCCUAUGACACAACCAUCUCUUAUUAUGAAAUUUGGCUCCGGAAAAAUGUGGAUGACCUUCUGAUUGAACGCAUGGCUAAAACUAUGGUAUUGUCCCAUGAAAAAUUAGGAGGCAAUCUAACAGGACCACUACUUUUAUACAAGACACAGCAAGAUAGAGCAGAUGGAAAGAUGGCCACCACUUGGAAAGAUGUAAUCAACAGUCUUUCAGUUGGCCAGUAUUUUUGUAGUGGAGGAAACUUUAUCCUUACUGAUAGAGGCAAUGGAUAUUUUGACUGUAUUGAAGCAUGUGGAAAUUGGACAUGGGGAGAAAACUGCACAGAGCAAUGCAACUGCACCAAAGGCAACACUGUGGUGUGUGAAAGAGAAAAAGGCUCAUGUAUCUGUACAUCCAACUUUGAGGGAUCAUCCUGUGAACAUCUCAUUGAUCGUUGUGCAUUGUAUUCUCCUUGUGAUGAACACUCUGAUUGCAUCAACCUUCUUACACAUUAUGAGUGUAGAUGCCAUGAAGGCUACAAGCAUAAUCCCUACAACACAAAUAUUUGUGAAGCAUGCAGUGGCUGGACAUUUGGCUCUGACUGUAACUCCUCAUGUAGUUGUCACACUGACAAUACAGAGAGCUGUGAUGGCUUGAUUGGAAACUGUACAUGUAAAUCUGGAUUUGAAUCAACAUUGUGUGAUGUUGACAUGAAUGAAUGUCUACAAAAAGUUAGCCCUUGUGCUGAAAACUUGCAGUGUUACAAUACAUAUGGAAGCUAUCUGUGUGUUGAAAACUUUGGUGAGUAUCAGUGUGUUUUCUUUAAACAAUUACAACACAUGCAGCACUCUAUGUGAUUGGUUAGAAUUAACUGUGUGACAAAUGUUAAAGAAAAUGAAAUAUAAUUACCCCAUCAACAGUUGCAUUAUCAAGAAGUUAUCUCAUGACAUGUUCAAGUCCUAAAAGUGAGACUUU